UUCAUUUCACUGCAGGUGACUGAGAAGCCACGCUCUAUCAAAUAAUCGAAAGCUAAACAACCAAGUUGUGUUGUCUUGUUUUUGACACAAACUUCGGAUAUUUGGCGUCGUGUGAAUUCUUGAACUUUCUCUUUCAUUCUUGGUUCGGAGGCGUUGGCUAUUAUGUGGACCAAAAUGGGCAGAAAAGCCACAAAAUCGCCACUAAUUUUUAAAAAGUGUUGAAAAUGAAAGUCUUUCGUUUGCUCAUAUUGUGUAUAUUAUUCGUUCCUGGUAGUAAUGAUGAUGAUGAUGAUAAAUAUGAAGUGUUAUUGAUGGAGGGAGAUUCAGUCACUCUACACACUGAUGUUAAAACAAACCAACAAGACAGAAUGACAUGGUAUUUUAAUGGCAUCCGCAUCGCUCAAAUCCGUGGAGAUCAGAGUAAGAUCUGCACAGAUGUUCAGUGUGAUGAGAGAUUCAGAGACAGACUGAAGCUGGACAGUCAGACAGGUGAUCUGACCAUCACAAACACCAAAACCACAGACUCUGGAGUUUUCCAACUUCACGCAAUCAGCAGAGAAAUCAUUCAAAAGAUCUUCGAUGUUAGUGUUCAUGGUGUGUCUGGUGUUGAUACAGGUGAAGAGUCAGUGAUGGAGGGAGAUUCAGUCACUCUACACACUGAUGUUCAGAUUAACCAACAGGACACAAUGAAAUGGUAUUUGAAUGACUUUCGAAUCGCUGAAAUCACUGGAGAUCAGAGUAAGAUCUGUACAGAUGUUCAGUGUAAAGAGAGAUUCAGAGACAGACUGAAGCUGGAUCAUCAGACUGGAUCUCUGACCAUCACAGACACCAGAACCACAGACUCUGGACUUUAUAAACUAAAGAUCGUCCGCAGCAUCCGCCAUCGUCACAGCAUCAGCAUCAUCCGCAUAAAGAGAUUCAGCAUUACUGUCAUUGAUUCAAGUCUGCCUUUAGGAGUUCUAACAGGAAUAUGUGCUGCUGCUGCUGUUGUUGUGCUGGUGGUUGUAACUGUAGUUUGUGUAAAGUGCUGGCGCUGGUGCUGCAGUAGAGGCCAUAAGAACAAUGUAGUUAAUGAUGUGUUGUAACCAGUGUUGGGGGUAACGCAUUACAAGUAACGAGAGUUAUAUAAUCAGAUUACUUUUUUCAAGUAGCUAGUAAAGUUACGCAUUACUUUUUAAUUUACAACAAAAUAUCUGAGUUACUUUGUUUUCCCAUUUAUUGACUGAUAAGUCUCCUGUCCCCAUAUUGGAAGAUAUCGGGAAUACAGAGGCGUUGUGUGCGCUGUGUGAACAUGAUGUUACUGUAGUUCUACAUGUGAAUGUGCAUUAAUUCAUCCCACUCACAAAAAAAAAAAAAAGAUUUAUUCAAAAUGUAUUCAUCAAAAUGAAUUAAAACAGUGAAAUGCAAACUCAGAAUAUGACGCAAACCUGCAAUAAUUAAAUAUGUUAAAUAACACAAAUGUAUCUAAUCUCAUUUUAUUAACCAAUGUCUUUGCUGCUGACCUUUGAUGAUCCAGUUUAACCAUACUAAUAUGCAAAAAUUACUUUAGAUAAACUAACAAUUGUGCUUCAUUGUUUUUUUUUUUUAUUGCUGACGAGUGUUGAACCUCCUUCUCCUGCGUUCUACUGUACAGACGUGAAUUUACUUUUCCUUCAGCCUGAGGUUUAUUCAUUACACUUUUUAGUGUGAAAGGGCUUUUACAUUUGCUAUAAAUAGAACUUCUUAUAUUAAAAACAAUCAAGCCCUGCUCAUAUUUAUAAAGUAACGCAAAAGUAAUGUAACGUAAUUAGUUACUUUUUUAGGGAGUAACGCAAUAUUGUAAUGCAUUACUUUUAAAAGUAACUUUCCCCAACACUGAUUGUAACAUAUACUGUGUAAAAUUACUGUCUAAAUUAACAGUGGUGUGAAUUCAUUUUUGUAUCUGCAGGAUGUUAUGUCCCCGCUUUAGUGUCAUGGUGUAACAUAAAUGUACACCGUUAAAGAGUUAUCAUUACUGUGUGAUGGAGAUGAUUAACCUUCACCAGUGUUUCCGUGGGUCCUUAAAAUUGUAAGGGCAUAAAAAGUCUUAAAUGGUAUGAGAAUGUUUUCUCUUUCACUUUUUAUUUCACUUUCAGAAAAAUCGUAAUUACGAUUUCAAGAGGUUCUAAAUUUGAGGAACAGGAACCGUGAUAUGGUUUAAUGCGAGUAAAUUUUAAAAGGCUAUGAUUUCUUUGAAAUGCACAAUAUUCAUUCAAAGUCAAAACGCAGCACAUUUAUGUGAAUGUAUCAAGGGGAAUUGAAUUGUCUUCAGAAAAGUAUUAAUAGCAUUUUUAUUUUAUCUUAUAUCUAUAAUGCCUAGUAUCAUUUAACAUUCCCAGGGAAGUCGCUAUAUUUCCGCCAUUGCAAAAGUGCCACCUGCUGUCAGAGAAUGAAUUUGCAUUUUCAAUCAGCCCAUCUGCUGUUUCUGUUCAGAACAGUGUGAAAAUCAACCCAUACUUUUACGCAGUUGUAAAUGUAAACCAGUGAAUCAACAAUAAGCUGCUAAUGCAUUAUAAAAAUCUGAACAAUUAAGACACUUAAUUUUAUAUAAUAAUUGGCAUUUUUGAUUCAUCCCUUUUCUUAAAAGGUUUAGCAUUUUAGAAAGCUUUCUCUUUAUGAAAACCUGUAUCUGAACUUUUUGUUGUUGUUGUUGUUGUUGCAGUCAUUUUACAGUUUAAUAAGCUCAUACGGUAUUCAUUUUAAUUGUGCAGGUCUUAAAAAAGCCUUACAUUUUAUUUUAAAAAUCCAGAAAAUAUGUUUUUCGCAUGAAUACUCUGCUUUGCCAGGUCCAGUCUUUUGGUAGCACCAGGGUUAUUAAAGUAGACUAUAUAACCAAAACUAAAAUUACUUCAUUAUUUGAAAUAAAAUAAAUGUUAACUAAAAAAAUAAAAAAAUAAAUAAUCACCUCGCUGCCAAAGCAACAUUUGUCAUUUUCAUUGAGUUUAAUUUGAAUGUACUCAUUGUAAAAUGGUACUCAUUGUAAAUAGCCUCAAUAUAAGUACAUGAUAAAGCAUAUUAUUGUGAUGUAAAUGUUUUAAGAAAAUUCAUUAACAUUUUUAGAGUGAGUUUCUAAAAUAGUGUCAUUUACACAUAUACAGCAUUUUAGAAUAUUACAUAAUAACUAACCGGACAAGGAUGUUUUAAUUUUACAAACGUUUUGUUUUGUUGUUUGUUUGUUUUUUAGUAAGCUGCUUAAAUAUUGUAAAUGAUCAGUGUGUGAGACAUGUAUAUUUCUUGUUUUCUUUUUUACUUUAUAUGUUUUCUGGGAUUUCCUGAUUAUUUGCGCUGCUGGUCAAAUGUUUGAAGUAUUUUUAUUUUUUAUUUUUAAGAUUUCUGUUCUGAUCAUCAAGGCUGUGAUUAUUUGAUGAAAAAUAACAGUAAAAACAGUAUUAUUGUGAAAUAUUAUUACAAUUUAAAAUGACCGUUUUCUAUGUGAAUAUAUUGUAAAAUUAAAUUAAAAGCUUCAUCAGCAUUA